UUUCUUCUUGCAGGUAGUUAUGGUAUGUUUGUCCGUAGGGGUGGGAGAAAGUGCCUGUCCCCACCUAGAGGCUGGGCUGGAGAAGUGGGGGGACACAACGUCCUGGAAAUCUGGGGUACUGCCGAAAGAAGGGGACAAUCUCCUUAUCCCAUCAGGCAAGAAGCUCCUGCUGAACGUGUCCCCGCCCUGUCUGUCCUCCAUAACCAUCGAAGCAGGGGCAGCGUUAGUCUGGGGCGACGUGGACAACCUCAACGUCUGUGUCAGCUACAUCCUCAUCAGAGGCCGCCUCCAGAUCGGCAGCGAAGACUGCAGGUUCACCAGGAAAACUCACAUCAGACUUAUAGGCGAAAGUAACUCCACGCUGUCUGUUUCCGGCUUUGGGAGGAAGUUUAUUGGCGUGGCUGCAGGAGGCACGAUUGAGGUGCACGGAGAAGAGAAACCAUCGUGGACGAAGUUGAUCCAGACAGCUAAACCCGGCGGCUGUGACAGCCUCUUUGAUUUCAAGAAAAGCGUGUUCCAGGCGGAGUCUGCCCGAGGCCUGUACGUCUCUGUGUUUAAUGAGGACAGCUCUCUGUGGGACUUUGCCGUGUUCAGGACCGGAGAGGACAUUGCUGACGAGGACCUCCAGUUCCAGGAAUUUAUAGAAGGUAUUCCCCAAGACAAGAUCCUGGCAGUCGCUCUUCAAGGUGAACUUGGUAGUGGGGACAUGGCCGCUGUGUACGAAACACUGGAGACAGCUGGGGGUCUGACGUCAUCAGCCAUCAGGAACGUCACAGGCAGACAGGCUUACGCCUUUAUCACUAGAACAGGUCACAGUGAUACAACAGCCGAGAGACAUGUCCUCUUCCCGCGUCACAAAGAAAUUGCUGAAACGGGCUACCUGGCUGUCGAUGUCAAUGGAUUCCAGUUCAGUGUGAACAGCAAAGUUUUUUCAAAUACGAAUAUAAGGAAAGGUGUGGACUUCCGGGUUCUUCCAGCAGAAACAGCUUACCCAUGCCUGAAGCUGAAUGCCGAAGUCUCAACCUGGAGGCCGGGUGACAAGAUCGUCAUAGCAUCCACCGACUUCGACUGGAGACAGGCUGAAGAAAUGACCAUCAAGAGUUGUCCUUCUUGUGCGGUCAACGAGAUCUGUCUGACAGAGCCACUGGAAUACAUGCACUAUGGGGAGGUAACUCUUGGUGUUGACGAGAGGGCGGAAGUGGGGCUGCUGAGUCGGAACAUCCUCAUAGAGGGCGUGAUACCAGAAGACGGGUGCAGUGUCAACGAGCCGGAAGAUCAGUACCUCUGUGACCUGUUUGGAUUUGACACAUUUGGAGGUCAUAUCAAGGUUGUUAGAGGCUUCACAGCUGCUCACAUCCAGGGCGUUGAACUCUACCACAUGGGGCAGCAGCGAUUUGUCGGCACCUACCCACUCCACUUCCACAUGUGCGACGACGUGGACGGCAACUGGUUCCGUCAGAACUCCAUCCACCACUCUCUGACGAGAUGCGUCACUGUCCACGGCUCAGAUGGAGCUGAGGUGUCUGACAAUGUGUGCUAUCUCCAUCACGGGCACGGCUUCUUCCUGGAGGACAGCGCGGAGCAGAGGAACGUCUUCGACAGCAACCUGUGUAUCGGCACCAUGCACGGCACCCACAUCAUGUCCGACAUGAAGAAGGAAUGGUGCAAUGCUACCAUGAAGGAAUUCUGCGACGCCGUAUCCUCCUACUGGAUCACACACCCAAACAACACCUUCAUCAACAACGUUGCCGCCGGCUCAGAUCAUGCAGGAUUUUGGAUCCUUGCGUCUCGUCUCCCCCUCGGCCCCUCCCGACAACGCCAGCAACAGAGGGGGCUGGUUCCUGAGUUCCAUGCCAUGCAGACAAAGGUCAAGGAAUUCAGAAACAACACGGCUCACUCUAAUAUGAAUAGAGGUCUUCGAAUUGACAGACGUAUUUCGCACGGAGAAUACAGAGACAAAGUAUACAUCCCCGAGAAUGGCGUUCUUGGUGCCCAAGUGUCUCACACACCCAUGACUACCCCAACAGACACCGGAGGACCGUUUGAUAAGUCCUACCUAUAUGAAUUUACAGCAUACAAAAACAGAGGCCACAAUGUUUGGACUAAAGCUGGAAUCGUCAUUAUGAGUAAUUUCACCCUGGCGGAUGCUGCGCAGGGUAUCACUAUGGCCGCGGCUUCAACAGGGACGUACGCCAAGCUGACCAACUCCAUGCUGGUGGGCGAGACAGAGAACCUAGGUCUACCCCAAGAACCAUUCGGACGUUCCAGAUCUGGAAUAGCAGAUGAACCUCUACAAGGGGUGGUCUUCUACCAGGGUCCAGGUCACGUGACUAAUACCUUCUUUGACAAGUAUGAGACGAUUACAUCAGAUCGGAAUAUCACCAGAUACGCGGGGGCCAUCAGUGUGAAGCGCAGCAACCCCUACCCCCCUAAAGCCAGCAGCCAUGUUGACGGGAUCAAGUUCGGUUUCUGCGAUGUGAUUGAGGGGAACUGGGCUUAUAAGGGAGACCCAUCUGUUCCGCUGAUGAGAAACAGGGACGGCAACAGACAGAUCACCUUCAGGGACAUCGACGGCAGCGUGUCGGGGAUGGCAGGGACCCAGUUCGUGCCGAACACACGUUUCCACACCACCAACCAGUGUGACUAUAGACCUGUGUCUAACUUUGCUGUGUGCCCUCAUGACUACGCUAAGGCUGUCUUUAGUGGAGACGGAGCUCUUAAAACAUUGAAGGAGAACUAUCCCAUGUACAUGCGCCGGGACGACAGACCUGACGAUCCCUUUGCCUUGCAAGGCACAAAGGGAAAUGCCUACCUGGUGAUCAAGAAGAAACCAUACACGGUAUAUUUCAACGGAACAGCUCCAACUAAACUAAAGGUCGCAGGACAGAACUUAGAAAGGGGGGACUAUGUCAGACUCGGCCUGUGUUACCCGAAAGACGUGACAAGCUUCAGCUUCUCCAGUGGACUUCCCAAGAUAGGGGCAGCUACUCCUGCAAUCAGCGUCAGUAGCAUCAGCGACCUGGACCGCGACACCACGGGGAGGGCCUACUUCUGGGACAAGUCCACAGGCCUACUUUUCAUCAAGAUAUACUCCAAUGUCGACCGUGUUGAUGGAGAGAGAUGUCCAGGAUACAAAUGUCCGUCCAUCAUCAUCACUAGAACCGGUGGCAGUAACGACCUUGCAGACUGCUAUCACGACGCGUACGAUGGGACGUACAACCAGCCUGAAGAUAAUGCAGUGAAUAUCCCUAAAGCUAAACCUUGUGUCAAGACUAAAUCAAAGGCAUUUGGUGCCGAGGUGGAGCCGAACUUCUUCAGUGCUAGACCUUCUACACCAGUGUGUCCCUCUGACCCUGUACAUCAAGGUCGAUCCAACCCAGAAUUGAAGGGCUGUUUCAAAGACUCCUCAUACAGAGAUCUCCCCUACGCCCUUCUCGAACUACCACUGUCAAUGACAGUGAGCUUCUGUGUUGAAAGAUGCUACUACCGGGGCUAUGUGUACGCUGCUCUACAGAACGGUAACGAAUGCCGAUGUGGGAAUAUGUACGGAGGCUUUGGAAACAGCACCAUGUGCUCCAAGUCCUGCUCUGGCGACAACACCGUCAACUGCGGAGGUUCUCUGGCUAACGCUGUCUACACCACCGGCAACGCUGUAAGUCCGGCCAUGAUCACGUGCGGACCUGGCGACAAUGGCACAGUGAUUGACGGGAAGUGUUAUUACCUCACUUCCGGAAGUUUCUCUUACGUGGAAGCUCAAAGGCAGUGUGUCCAAUAUGGAGGUGACCUGGCGACCAUCAUCUCGGGAACUGUCCAGUUUGAAGUGGAGCGCUACAUGAGACCCUUCAAGACUGAUACCUGGUUUGGUCUGAACGACGUUGCCAGGGAUGGCACCUACGCCUUCAUCGAUGGGACUACACUUGGCAGUUACAGCAACUUCAUUAAAAAAAGAGCCAUGUCAUCAAACCCUGACUUUGGAGUGCUGAAAGCAAAUAGCCUGUACCGUUGGGGCGUUAGAGAAGACGGGAGUUAUCCCGCUUUGUGUCAACUACCCGUCCUUGUCACAACGCCAGUACGUUGUGGCCAGAAUAAUCACGGUCAGCAACUGCAAGGCGGCGACUGUUACCUUGUCAUCAACACAGCCCUUGACUACACCAUGGCUCGCUACGCCUGCCACACCAGACGGGGAACACUGGCGUAUGUCUCGACUCCCCGCGAGCUGGCCGCGGUGACGGAACACAUCUUCAGGUUCGGUGGGGCAAUGGACUACUGGAUAGCUGAAGAAGGAGGCGACAUUAUUGAGUUGGACCACGCCCUGAUUUAUAAUAAGAAGAAGGCGAACGAGGGAACCAAGAACGGUGUCGUGUGCAGCAUUGAAUCCCUGUCUGCUGCAAGGCCGUGUUCAACCGACUGGCUCCACAACGAUGGCAAGUGUUACCUGUACAGCGGGGACCGCGGCGACUACGACAAGACCAAGUUGUUCUGUAACCAGGGUGACAGCCAGGUUCUCACGGUUCUCAGUGACGCAGAAAACACCUUCGUGGGAGACACUGUGAAGACAGAGACGCUCAAUCCACAAGUCCAUAUCGGAUACGUCUACAAUAAUGCCACCAGCGCCUAUGAGUGGGAGGACGGGUCUUACUCAGCCUACACCAAUUGGGACAACAUGCAGGGGGAGGACAACGUGGCCAAAGGAAGCUGCGUUGUACUAAAGUCUCACAACUCCAAAUGGCGGAACACCAAGUGCAGCAAGAUCGGCGCCAUUAUGUGUAAGUCGCGGGCCGCGCAAUGAAAAAUGCUAUGCUGGGGUACAGCCUGUGGGUCUGGUGUUUACAGAUGUCUGCCCUGAUAUUAUAGUGAAUAAGUUUAUGUUUCAAAAUGAACAUUAUCACUUUACAAAAUGUCACUCAUGACAAUAUGACCUUCCCUAGACUGUAAUGCAGACCCUGAAACAAAUAUAUCCGAUACAGCCCAUAUAAGUCUAUAAUAGUUGGCAAGUCUAGAUUACUACAGUCUGAAAAUGAAGAGCGUCUCUGAGCUCCUUUUUGAUAUAUUUUAUAUAAAUUUAACAACUGUUUUUGUGUAAACUAUUUCCAUUUCAGAGACUAGAUGUUAGUGUAGACCGUCUCUUUAAGAUCGGUGUCUGGUGUUUUCGGUUUCAUUUAUAAACCAUUGAAAAUGUAAUGUUCCAUUUCUGUCUUCAUAAUUGUAUUGUUAAUUAUGUGUUUUUUUAUGUGUUGGACUCGUGCAAUGGUAGAACUGCAUCUGAUGUCGGUCAUGUCCACAUGUCUCAGUCAACAUGUCUACUGUAUGCUGACAAACAUUUUGACUUCCUCACAUUAUCAUGUUAUUUAUAGUUAAACCCGUUACUGGAUGUUGUCUUCCAUGACUUUAAUGUUUGUGAUUCACAUGUUAUUAUCUUAUUGUUUGAAUAAAUCAUAAUUGGUA